ACAAAAGUGUUAAGAGUAAAGACGUAGAGUGCAGGCUAUGCAGCCGCUCCCGCAGGGAUUUUAUUGAUUGUUCCUAAAAAAGCACGUACGGCUGCAACGCAUCGUAGGCCAUAGUAACUAUGUCUUUACCAUUUUCCGGCUCGAAAUCAAAGUCUGCGGGUUUGGUGAGUGCGAUAAGGAAACAGACACUAUUGUUGAACCUUAAGCCCGUGAAAAAAGUGUUGGUCAAGUUCGAUCCUUUUAGCCAAAAUUCCGCCACAGCCAGAAAUUUCAUGUACCAUUUACUAUCACCCAAAGUAAUCAGAACAAAUCCUCAGUGUUUGGUGAGAAACGAAGUUGUUAAUGAUAGAAGUGAAUCAACAGUUGAUGUUUCCUUAGUGAAUGGUGAAUCAGUGUUAUUUAAAUGCCAAAAUUUAACUAUUUUGGAAAUUUUUCAACAGUUCAACAAACAUAUAACUCCCUUAGCACCUAAAGAAGAAUUGACUGAAGUUCUUGUGACCAAGACUGAUAAGAAAAAAGGAGGAAAACGGUAAGAAUGGCCAAAAAAGAACAUUAUACUACAACAAUUAUCAA